GUGAACGACGCUUCGUUAGUGUGUUUUCUUCUUUUGAAUUCACUCCAUAGUAAAAAUUUGUGUUUGGUCAGUGUUUGAAAGUGGAAGUGUGUAUAUUUGAAGAGAAAGAGAGAAGAAAAAAACUGCGAUGAUGAAGACCGUAUUUCGUCAAUAAUGUUUUUUCAUCGGAUUGGAUUUAUUCAUUUCGGUUGAGGUUAUUUUGUGUAGAACCAUAGACUUUUCUUUUGCAAAAAACCAUGAAAUAUCCGAACAAUGCAACGUAAUUUCAUACAUUUUCGGAUGAAAACGGCCAACCAACUCUAACCGAUUCAUUAGAUUUUUAAUUCGGCAAAUAUUCCGUUUUAGUGUAAAAUAGUAAUAGAGAAUCAUCAACGUAACUGCUACUGGUCGCAUUUCGGUCAGGGCAAAGCGAAACAUUCAAAUUCAGCAAAUCUUCGGUCGAUGAUUCAAUGGUCAAAGGUGCAUAAAAUCAACAGUUCAAAUUUUCAGAUUGACAACAAAACGAUAAGGUGGAAAAUUGGAUGCUCAGCCAGCUAAAAUCACACAGUCAGUCAGUCAAUUGGUGAUUUAUUGGUAUAUGAAAAAUCAAUGCGUGGAUGCACAGCAAACGAUAAAGACUGAAAAAAACAUACAAAACGGAAGUGGGCUAGAAAAGUGGCGAUUUCCAAAUAGCCAGAGCAACGACAUAUAGUGAAAUGAACAAAAUAACACUACCAAACAAUUUUCGCACCAAUCAAUGUGAACAACCGAUGAAUAAUAGGCAAACAAAGAGUUACAUACAAACCAUAAAAUAAUAUUAAUUAAAACAUUGCAGUCGAUCGAAUAUUGUGAGUAAUAUUUAUAAUUCAAAUUAUAUUUGGAUGUGUCUAAAGUCCGGCUUGUGUAUAAAGUUGAAUUUGACGGAAUAACAAACAAAAAAAUAACAAAGUGGCCGAUAAGUUCAAAAGCGAAAUACGGAAAGCGCCCCAAUUUAGUUAGAUACUUAUUCCGUGUGGUGCUGUUUGGGAUUUUUGCAUACUGUCAUCGACAUCAAUUUGAUUGAGUAUUUCGUAAAUUUGUGUUCCAUUAAUCUAAUCAUCACACACACACAUACAUCAACAUGAAUAGGCGUUGUAUGUUGAUCAUCUUGCUACUAUGUGUACUCAAAAUAAGUCAAAGUGAUGAUUUGACAGGCGAUGAAUUGACGGACAAUGAUUACACCUAUGAUGAUGAGAAUGAAAGUAGUAAGGAAACUACGGUGCCAAUUGUCACAGAGGUUACAGCAUCAAUACCGAACACGAGUGAGAUAUCGGCUGGUUCGAUCACAACAAUUGAAUUGGCAACGCUAACACCAAUAGAAGACAUCACAACCCUCUCAACGAUACCCAUUGAAACAACCACACAAGAAUUAGAAGAAUCGAAAUGCCCAAAGGGUUGUAAAUGUUCGGAAGUUUUCAAAUCUGUGGAUUGUUCGCAUCAAAAAUUAGUGCAAAUACCAAAAAAUCUCCCACACAAUACGGUUCAACUUAACUUAAGUCAUAACUUAUUGACGACGCUUAAUGUCAGUGAUCUGAUCAAAUAUAGUGAACUACAACAAUUAACUCUGAAUGACAAUCAAAUUGAAACAAUUGUCAAUACUUAUGAAUUUUCUCAGUUACCAAAUCUAGAACAUAUCGAUUUAUCGUCAAAUGUGCUGAAGCCAUUGCAUGGAACUGAAUUUUCAAAGGCUCGAAAAUUGACCACGUUAUUUCUAACGGGCAAUAAAAAUGUGAUCGCUUCAAAUGUGCCAAUUGUUCAAUACAAAUUGAAAACAUUGAACUUGGCCAACUGCAGCAUUACUCAAUUGUCGGAUAAUAUUUUCCAAAAUCUAUCCACUUUGGUUUCAUUGUACUUGGAAAACAAUCCACUUGACUCGGCAUUGAAUGUAAAAGCAUUCAAAUAUUUGGUUAAUUUACGGGUAAUGAAUCUACCAACACUGUCGCGAGACGUUGUCCCCAAUUUAUGCAAAGAAUUAGGAUCAAUUGAUAUAAUACACUUGACUCAAGAGACGUAUGAUAUCAGUUGUUUCCUACUAACAUCUGGAUCCACAUUUGAUGAGAGCAUCAUAGUCUAUGGCCAACCAACACUUUCAUCGUUCGAUAUUGACAGUAACGAUUUGUAUAAGGAUCGUACUACAUUGAAGCCGCAACGAAAAAAGACAACCGCACAGAAGCCAGUGAUAGCUACAAUGACGAAGGAAACAAAAGAAUCAGCUGUUGUUGAGCCAGCAUCGUCGCAGAAAAUCAGCACAUUUUCGCAGGAAACUAAAACUGAGAAAGCCAUAAAUGGCACGGAUUCGACGGAGAAAGACGAUACGAAACAAGCCAAAGUAGAUGUACCACAACAUAUCAUCUACAUGCUUCUAAUUGGGCUUAUUGCAGUGACAUUAGUUGCACUGUUGAUCGGUGUGUUUUGUCGACUUGACUGUUGUGGCAUUAAAACAAAAUGCUGCCGACGACAUCACAACCGGGCCGAAACCGAAGAUCGAGUACAACCUCAUGAGGAAAUUCCAUUGAACAAAGUUUAAGAAAAUUAUACAAAUCAUUUCGAUUCCACAUUCAACUCCAUUUCUUUCUUUCUAAGCGAUUUAUUGUGUUACGCUUCAACAUUCAAGACCUUUUAAUGACAUAUUAAUUAGUUAGAACGUAAUAGGUCUCUAGGACAAAGUGAUGGUUUUGUGUUUGUUUGUUUUUUCUCUCUCUCUCUUUUGAGCAAAUACAAAUGAUAAUUGUAUUUGUAAGAUUAAGUUAAUUUAUAUAGGUAUAUAUAUAUUUUGAGUAAACUUUCUAUACAGCCUUAGCUUGAACCAAAUUGUAUGCAUAAAACUAAGUGAACAAUGAGCAUUUUAUGCUUGAUUUAGUUGUAAUGAUUAUUUUUCCUCAAAAUUGUAUUAAAAAUACAUUAAAUGAGCACAAAAAAGCAACAAAUUCGGGAUUGAGAUGGUCUCGAUUGAGCACAUUUGAAAUAAAGAAAUUAUUUAAAUUUAAAGAAAACACUCUCUCGGUGGGUAGCAACCAUGAUAAGUAAAUUGAAUGUGUAUAUUUUGAUUAUUAUUUUUGUUUUUCACAUCGAAAAUGGUGGAUGAGACGUUUAAUAAACGUGAUGCUAUUCAAUAAUAUCAA